GCCCAUGAAUCAAUCGACCAAAGAGAUUUUCCGUCAUCUUAAAAUCGAGUAAAAAGCAUACAAAUCCAUCGAGAUAUUGACAUCAAUCAAACGCGCAUUUGAGUCUGAUGGUGAUUAUGAAAUGGGCUGCUUUUAUGCUCCUUGAUGCGAUCGCAAAGGCCGUUUAAGUCCUGACCUUUGGUCGUUUUUUGCUCGAUUAUCCAGGAUUUUCCUAUCGCGGUCCCAUUCCUCACAAGCCUCAGAGGCCCGCUCCACCCGUAGCCUCUACCAUCUGUCGGGUCACUUACUCGCCUCGAACGUCAACCGCCACCACCACCCCCCAACAUGACUUCACUCGACGUCCGCGACGUACUUAACCUACCACAGGAUGGAAGCGCACCACGACCAUCCAAAAAAGCCAGACAAUCAGCCCCGCGCACGAACCUGAAGGGCCUGGCUAGAGAGGUCCAGAGCCUGGGCGGCGACAACCCCAUAGCUAUCGUCCCCGAAACCUCUGUUUUCAAGAAGCGGCGACAGGCGAGCCGGAAGCCCGCUGCACGAUGGGAGCUGCGACAGUUUAGGAAUUCUGCGAGGGACGACCCCAGCCUGAUCUUGCGGCACUGGUGUAGGAAGCAGGAUGUCACCGGCGGCGUUAAUGGCGAUGCGCCGAUGGAAGGCACUGGGCAACCGCCACCCCCUAAAGAUGACAUCGAGGACUCUGCGUUCGCCAAAUUUAACGUGAAGGUUGACGUUCCACAGUACAACGACGAUCAAUAUAAGUCGAGGUUGCAGAGCGCCGAAUGGACCAAGGAAGAGACGGACUACCUGUUGGAGCUCGUUAGGGACUUCGACUUGAGGUGGCCCUUGAUAUGGGACCGAUACGACUACAAACCUGCCCAGGCCGACGGAGAUGCGACGAAUGGAAACAGCUCCGCGGUUGUGUCCUUGGCAUCGACGCGUUCGAUGGAGGACCUAAAGGCGCGGUACUACGAAGUUGCUGCCAAGAUGAUGGCAGUUCAGAAGCCGGCACAAUACAUGACGAACGACGAGUUCCAACUAUACGAAACUAUGCUAAAAUUCGACCCGGUUCAGGAGACGCAAAGGAAGAAGUUCGCCGCCAACUGUCUUACGAGGACAAAGGAGGAGGCCCGAGAAGAGGAGUCAUUGCUGCUCGAGGUCAAGCGCAUCCUGGCCAGGCAAGAGCGAUUCAAUGAGGAGCGCAGGGAGUUGUACAACAGACUGGACUAUCCGCCAACCUCGGAUACCACCGACAUAAGCAGUUUCAAGACCAGCCAAGGAUUAAGCAAUUUGAUUCAGAAUAUCGUGACUGCGGACAAGACCAAGAAGCGCAAGUCUCUCAUGGCUCCAGAGAGUGCAGGCGGUGCUGCGGCUGCGGCUGCAACCACCGCCGCUCCUGCUUCUGCAGGCGCGGCUUCGAAUGCACAGCCCGCAAGUGCCACAACAGAAAGCCGGCGCGAGAGCACUGCGGCAACCCCCGCAGGGAAUCACAGGGAUUCUAUUUCUGCCGUCGAGAAACCCACUCCCGUCGAGGCGCCUACGAAGGGGAGCAAGAAGGGCUCGGCCCAAACAGAGAGGCGCAAGCUCAACGAGCACGAGGAGCAAGUCUACGGUGUUUCAUUCCACGACCGACUCAGCUCUGGGCCGACCUUCCGCAACGAGAAGGUCAACAAACUCUUCUCUCACAAGAGCAUGCAACAGCAGCAGCGUAUUACGAACGUGCUCAACGAGCUCGACAUACCGGCGCGCCUCGUCAUGCCGACCGCUGCCGUCACUUCACAGUUCGAGCAGUUGGUACAGACUGUCACACAGCUCGUCGACCUGCGGAAACAGAUCGACAAGCUGGAUGGUGAGAUCAAGGUCGAGCAGGCACGCAAAACGGAAAGAGAAAAGGCGCAGGGUGCCGCCGCAAGCCAAACGGACGGUGCUGCCGAUGCUGCCAAGGCUCCAACAGAGGGCGGCGACAAGACAGCCACUGCCCCUGCAAAAGCCGACGGCGAGAAACCACUCUCUAGUAAAGCCGACAAUGCUGCCGGUGGCGAGGCGAAUGGGGACAAGUCCACAGUGGCUGCGAGCGCCGAAGCAGAACUGUACAUGAAUGGUGAAAAGAAGAGUGCCGAAAAUGGACAGGCGACUGAGGAGGAAGUAUCGGCGAUAAAGGACGAAGAAGUUGCCGAUAAAGAUAAAACAACAGGCACGCGGCCUGGGUCAAGAGGCUCAAGGCCAGGAAGUCGAAACAAGCGCAGUGCGAGUGUGCUGUCUGCGGGUAGUGACAAGGGCAAGAGACAGAAACGUUGAGUGUAGAAUAUAAUUCAUGAGGCCACCUUUUUCCAACAUUAGCAUCUGCGGUCUUUUAUCCUAUCGCAUAUUACGUGCUUAAUAUGACCUGGGGCAAUGUCCCCGAUGAAACGGCAUA